UCAUGCUACUUUCUCUUCUAGGGCCUCCUCUAUUAUUUGUCGUUCUUGUAAUGUUCUGUGUGAAAAAUAUCAAGGAAUUAGGUAUAGGGAGAAAAGCAACAGUCGAUCCACGUUUUUUUUGCUCGUGAUUUCAACUUUCUAUUCGGUGGAAAAGAGGCAACGUUCUGUUCAGUGUAUACAAACCUUCUUUAUAGUUUCUUCCUCCACAUAGCUCUCGGUAAUACUGAUCCUCUUUCCAUCAUACUCAUUAAUGGAUUCUUCUUUGUUCUUCACCAGUACUGUUGCUUCUGCAAUAGUAGUCUUAACUCUUUUGAGAAAAGUUAGAUUCCAUCAAGAAGAUAACAGAGAAGAGGAUUCUCCUUCUUCUUUGUCUCCUUCAACAGUUCCUCAACCUUCUUCUUCUGACAUCUGGACGCAUGAUGUCUUUCCCAGUUUCCGCGGGGCAGAUGUCCGCAGAACCUUUCUUAGUCACAUUCAGAUGGAGUUCGAAAGAAAAGGAAUCACUCCAUUCGUUGAUAAUGAAAUCAGAAGAGGAGAAUCUAUUGGUCCCGAGCUGAUCAAGGCCAUCAGAGAAUCUAAGAUUGCAAUCAUCUUGCUCUCUAGGAACUAUGCCUCCUCAAAAUGGUGUCUUGAUGAACUGGUGGAGAUUAUGAAGUGCAGAGAAGAGUUGGGUCAAACUGUAUUGGCCAUUUUCUAUGAAGUGGAUCCAUCUGAUGUGAAAAAGCUAGCAGGAGAUUUUGGGAGAGUCUUUAGAAAAACUUGUGCUGGUAAAACAAAUGAAUGCAUUGAGAGAUGGAGAAAAGCUUUUGCAAAAGUUGCUACAAUCGCUGGCUAUCACUCAGGCAGCUGGGAUAAUGAAGCGGCCAUGAUCAAGAAAAUCGCCACUGAUAUUUCGAACCGUCUGAAUAAUUUCACACCCUCAAAUGAUUUCGACGGGUUAGUUGCGAUGGGAGCUCGUUUGAAAAAGAUGGAACCAUUGUUAUGCUUAGACUCAGAUGAGGUGAGGAUGAUUGGGAUUUGGGGUCCUCCUGGGAUUGGGAAGACCACAAUCGCUAGAGCCGCAUACAGCAAACUCUCCAACAAUUUUCAACUGAGUGUCUUUAUGGAUGAUCUCAAAGCAAACUAUACAAGACUGUGUUCAGAUGACUACAGCUUAAAGUUGCAACUACAACAGCAAUUUAUGUCUCAGAUAACCAACCAAAAGGAUAUGGUGGUUUCUCAUUUGGGAGUUGCGUCAAAUAGAUUGAAGGACAAGAAAGUUCUUGUUGUUCUUGAUGGCGUGGACCGGUCACUACAACUAGAUGCGAUAGCCAAAGAGCCUUGUUGGUUUGGUCCGGGGAGUCGGAUUAUAAUCACAACACAAGAUCAGAGACUCUUUAAAGCACAUGGAGUCAACCUGAUUUACAAGGUGGAUUUUCCAACGGAUGAUGAGUCUCUCCAAAUCUUUUGUACAUAUUCUUUUGGUCAAAAGUUUCCUAAAGAUGGUUUUGAGGAGCUUGCUUUGGAAGUUACAAAACUUGCUGGUGAACUUCCUUUGGGGCUAAGGGUGAUGGGUUCCUACUUUCGGGGAAUGUCUAAGGACGAGUGGAUAACUGCGCUACCAAGAUUAAGAACUAGCCUUGACGCUGAUAUUCGAAGCAUUUUGAAGUUUAGCUAUGAUGCUUUAGAUGAUGAAGAUAAAGAUCUAUUUCUUCAUAUAGCCUGCUUCGUCAACUCUGAAUGGAUUAACAAAGCGGAAGAGUAUCUUGGAAAGAAAUUUUUGGAAGUGAGGCAAAGACUUAAAGUCUUAGCUAAGAAAUCUCUCAUAUCUAUUGACUGGGGAGUUAUAAGGAUGCAUAGUUUGCUAGAAAAACUGGGUAGAGAAAUUGUUUGUAAACAAUCUAUUCAUGAGCCUGGACAGCGCCAGUUUCUAUGCGACAAAGGAGACAUUUCUGAAGUACUGACUGGUGAUGCAACCGGUAGUACAAGUGUCAUAGGCAUAAAGUUAGAGUACGGCAGAGAGGAUGAAGAAAUAGAUAUAAGUGAGAAAGCCUUUGAAGGAAUGUCAAAUCUCCAAUUCUUAAAAGUCUACGGUUAUCGCGAUUCACUGCAAUUAACUGGAGGUCUGAGCUAUAUAUCUCAUAAACUUCGAUUACUACACUGGAAGUAUUUUCCAGUGACAUGUUUUCCUUGGACUGUAAACUUGGAGUUCCUUGUCGAAGUAAUCAUGCCUCACAGCAAACUUGAGAAGUUGUGGGGAGGAAUUAAAUCGCUUCGAAGUCUCAAGAGGAUGGAUUUGAGCGAUUCUGUAAACCUGAAGGAGCUUCCUGAACUCUCAACUGCCACUAACCUUGAGAAACUGAAUCUACGUAAUUGCUCUAGUCUAAUCAAACUCCCUUCCUUGAAUGGAAAUAGUCUGGAGGAAUUAGAUAUCGGUGGAUGCUCAAGUCUUGUGGAGUUUCCCUCCUUUAUUGGGAAUACCGUUAAUCUCCGAAUAUUGGAUCUUCGUUACUGCUCGAGUCUAAUCAGUCUCCCUUCCCUGAGUGGAAAUAGUCUGGAGAAACUAGAAAUCAGUGGAUGCUCAAGUCUUGUGGAGUUUCCCUCCUGUAAUGGGAAUGCAGUUAAUCUCCGAGAAUUGGAUCUCAGUAGUUUCCCAAAUAUAUUGGAGCUCCCUUCCUACGUUGGGAAUGCCACCAACUUGGAGAAGUUGGAUCUUAGUAAUUGCUUGAAUCUGGUGGAACUUCCUGUCUCUCUUGGAAACCUUCAGAAGUUGCAGAGACUGAUACUAAAAGGAUGUAGUAAGCUAGAGGCUCUUCCAACAAACGUCAUCUUGGAAUCUUUGAAGAAACUUGAUCUCGCUGGAUGCUCAAGUCUUGAUCUCGCUGGAUGCUCCAUCAUCGGAAAUGCUGUCAAUCUCCGAGAAUUGGAUAUAAGUAGUCUACCCCAAUUGUUGGAGCUCCCUUCCAUUAUUGGGAAGGCCACCAACUUGGAGAAGUUGGACCUUAGAUUUUGUUCAAACCUGGUGGAACUUCCUCUCUCUCUUGGAAACCUUCAGAAGCUGCAGCGGCUGAUAUUAAAAGGAUGCAGUAAGCUAGAGGUUCUUCCCGCCAACAUCAACUUGGAAUCUUUGAAUGUACUUAAUCUUUGUGAUUGCUCCAUGUUGACACGUUUUCCCCAGGUCUCCACGAACAUUAUAUUUCUCGACCUCAUAGGAACUGCAAUAGAACAAGUGCCUCCCUCGAUCACGUCAUGGCCUCGUCUUGAAGAGUUGAAGAUGUCAUGCUUUGAAAACCUUCAGGAAUUACCUCAUGCUCUUGAAAGAAUCACAGAACUGUGUUUGACCGACACAAAGAUACAAGAGGUUCCUCCGUGGGUCAAGAAAAUGUCUAGUCUGAAUAGGUUCGUGCUCAUGGGAUGCCGAAAGUUGGUAUCAGUCCCACCGAUUUCAGAUUCCAUAAGUUCCGUAGAUGCAAGUGACUGCGAGUCCCUGGAGAUACUAGAGUGCUCCUUUCCCAAUCCAAAAGUUCGGCUCAACUUCGCCAACUGCUUCAAACUGAACCAAGAGGCGAGAGACCUCAUCAUCCAGAAUAGUUGUAGAUAUGCAGUCUUACCAGGUGGAGAAGUGCCUGAAUACUUCACUCACCGAGCUACUGGUGGAGGUCCAUUGACAAUCAAGUUGAAUGAAAACCCUCUUCCCAAAUCCAUGAGAUUUAUAGCAUGCAUCUUGCUGGUUGAUAAAGGUGACCACGACGCUUGCUUUGAAGAGAAAUCGACGGAAGUGUUUUGUCAGUAUAAUGAUAGCAUGCAUAUGCUACAUCCGGCUUUGGCAGAGCAUCUGUACAUAUUUCGAGUCAAAGCGGAGGUUACAUCCAGCGAGCUUCGCUCUGACUUCAAGUUGAAAAGUGAUGACGUUUGGAAGAUUGGAGAAUGUGGGCUAGUCCAAGACUUGGAGAUCCCUUGAUAUUUGAAGAUUGGAAAGGGAUGAUCUUCAGAGGUUCUGGUACGUUCUUCUGAAAGAAAAGAGCUAUGUUGAUGAGCUAGAACAUGAUGUUCCCAAAACCCUGAACGCGUUCCAAAGGUAUUUACAACUCUUGUAGUUUUUGUCUUGAAAAGUUGAUGGUUGCUAUGAAAUGAAAUGUGAUCCUUUCCUAAACAAAAAAUGGAUGUAUCUGAAACGCAAAUUUAGAUGAGGAGAGAUCAUUGUGCGGCAUAAAGCAUGUGUUGAUGGAGAGAAGAACAGCCGAGUUGAAACGAAUGACAAUACGCAGAGCCUUUGGUACACUAAUAAGUAACACUUGUUUGUUUGUACAGUUGUACUGGUCUGUUGCUUGAUACUGUCAUGUUGCAGUUUGUUAGAGCGAUGUGCACAAUUUUUAUUUAACUCAUAUCUUAAUCUUUUUUAUCGUUGAAAACUUAA